AAAUUUUAUACUGUGUAUACUUUGUCAUAAGAGUAAAAAGACGAUGCUCACUCUCUAGCUACCCUCUUCCGUCUCUGACGCAAUGAAAACAAAGCAAACCAGUCCUGCGCAGGGGAAGCCGUCAAACUGGACGAGCUACCUUUUCCCUGCACAGGGUCUCCCCUCCCUCCCCCGGGGGUGGGGGCUGACUGCCGGGCUGGAGCGGCCACCUCCCCAAGCCCUCACCUCCCCGGGCCUCCUCCCAGGACCUGACGCCGGUGCCCAGGGUGCCCGGCGCGGACAGCCACGCCCUGUCCAGGGAUUCCCUUCUGGGCCCUUUUCCAGCGUCCGGGGGUCAGGAGUACGAACAUCCAGGCUCUUCCAGUAUUUGCCUCCGAAGCCUGAGCAUCUCUGCAGCCGCCGCCGUCAUCGCUGCAGGGAUCUGUGUGGGUGAGGGACGCCGACCCACCUGGACCACCCGGAUCAUCCGACAUGGACGCGCGGAGCCCCAAAGCCCCGGGCGGGGACGCGCUGCGGGACGCGGCAGAAAACCUAUUUCAGGAACUUCAAGAACAUUUUCAAGCUCUAACUGCAACUCUGAACCUCAGAAUGGAAGAAAUGGGAAAUCGCAUCGAAGAUUUACAGAAGAAUGUGAAUGACUUAAUGGUGCAAGCUGGGAUUGAAAAUUCUAUUAAAGAACAAAUGAGACAGAGCACAAGCAGGGGAGGGGCAAAGAAAGACACAGAACCUGAAGCAGGCUCCAGGCUCGGAGCCAUCAGCACAGAGCCCAACGCAGGGCUCGAACCCACAGACUGCAAGAUCAUGACCUGAGCCGAAGUCGGACACCCAACUGACUGAGUCACCCAGGCGCCCCAAAAAGUGUAGUUUAAAUGACAAGCUCUACUAUUUAAAAAAUGGAUGUUAUUAAAGUGCUUUUCACAACCACCCCUCAAAUUAGUCUUCUAUCAAAACACAAAUCAUGAUGAAUUGGAGACUGGGGAUUAUAAGGUAGUUUCUGUUUCAGACAAUAUAUUUAUAUAACCAUUUGAAGAAGACAUAUGGGCAUUAAGCCCUCAACCCGUUUCUCAGUGGUUCAAGAGCCGUCCAUCCUGGCUCCCACAAUGCAAACCUUUCCGGUGGGAUGUUGCAUUUAAUCUUGAAGAUGCAAGUUAAAUGCUUGGCUUCAGGUCUCAGACUGGAUCUGUGUCCAUGUGCUAUAUGUGGAGGUUCCCAACUUCAUCAAGAUACUUAUGUCUGUUUUAUUCUGAUAGAUAAG